UCUUUUUUACCGUCUCGUCAAACAACUGAAAGAGCACGUUUCCCCAAGCUGCUCACAUUUCUCAUUUUCUCCUCUCUCUACACAAUCCUCUCAUAUUUCUCUGUCCUACUCCUAUCAAAUUCGCCGGAAAAUCCUCUAAUUUCCGGCACGAUGGUGUCACCGGAGAACACCAAUUGGCUGUAUGGCUUGCUGGACGAUAUUGCUGUUCCCGAUGCUAAUUUCUCUGUUCCUACUUCCUCUGCUUUUAAUUGGCCUGUGCAAGCCCUAAAUAAUCCUCUCAGUGUGGAAAUUGACGGGUCAAAAGGGAACUCGAGUGUUGUUAUGGAAGCAGGCUCGAAAAAGAGGGUAAGAUCUGAAUCAUGCAGCGGCUCAAGUAGCAAAGCUUGCAGGGAAAAGAUGCGGAGGGAUAAGCUUAAUGACAAGUUCAUGGAAUUGGGUGCAAUUCUCGAUCCGGGGAGGCCUCCCAGGACAGACAAAGCAGCUAUACUAAUUGAUGCUACUCGGAUGGUAACUCAGUUACGUACUGAAUCCCAGAAGUUGAAGGAUACAAAUUCAGAUCUUCAAGACAAGAUCAAAGAGCUGAAGAAUGAGAAGAAUGAACUCAGAGAGGAAAAACAGAGGCUGAAGGCAGAAAAAGAUAAGCUGGAAAACCAGUUAAGUACAAUGAAUGCACAGCCAAGCUUCAUGCCUCCCCCGUCUGCUAUCCCUGCUGCCUAUCCUCAAGCCACAUAUGCUGCACAAGCUCCGGUCGCAGGCAACAAAUACGUGCCUAUCAUCAGUUACCCAGGAGUUGCCAUGUGGCAAUUUAUGCCACCUGCCUCUGUUGACACCUCUCAGGAUCAUGUUCUCCGCCCACCAGUUGCCUGAGUUGACAGUUGUACUUGACAUGUUUUGAUGUAGUCUGUCUUAAUCAGUAAAUUUACUACUUUGAUAGUUUUUGCUAAUGCAAACUGGAAUUGAAUAUUUGAUAACUGCUUCUGCAAUAUGAAUUAGAAUGCUGCCAUAUUGGUAAA